AUGUUGGGACAGCGACCGAGAUUCUUAAAACCAGGAGAUGAAACUCUGUACCCAACAAGAAACAAAGACGGUGUAAUCGAGACACUUGUAAACCCAAACAUAGACACAGCAUUAACCACCGAUAAUGAUUCUAAGACAUCUUUUGUUUACAAUCGUUAUCAUCAUUUACCGAUGGAUGCCCAACGGCAGAAGUUACCCGUAUUCCAGUAUAGGAAUCAUAUACUUUACUUGUUGGAGAAGUACCAGACUUUAGUCCUGAUUGGCGAAACUGGGUGCGGCAAGUCUACUCAAGUGCCUCAGUACCAUCAAUUGUUGGGCAGCGGUCCAACAAACACACAAGACAGCAUGGAGGGCGUAGUGGUUUGUGGGAAAAUGAAUUUCGAAAAAUAA